AUGGCUCUACGACUACUCAACAUUUCCCGUAGACUACUCAAAACAUCCUCAUUUUGCGGUAGCUUGGCUAGAGAGGAGAAAAUAGGAGAGACAAUAACAGCAAAAAGAGCACGAUUAUUGUAUCAGAGUAAAAAACGAGGAAUUCUCGAAAAUGAUAUCCUUCUCGGUGAUUUUGCUGAUGUCAAUCUUCCAACAAUGACAGCAAGCGAGCUCGAAGCCUAUGAUAAGCUUAUCAAUGGCGAACAUAUGGAAUGGGAUUUGUUUUACUACAUGUCCGAUAAAAAACCAGCACCCAGUGAAAUUGCCAACUGUAAAGUUUAUAAAAUGCUAAAAAGUUUCGUGACAUCGAAAAAAGCACCACGCCAUUAA